UCGGAGGUACAAAGUAACAAAAUGACCAGGCGCUUUGACUAGAUUAGAUCAAUUUACACCAUCUGUAUAAUGAUAUUCUCUAUAGGGAAAUUUCCGUUUGCUUGUAAAUUGAUAAAAUUUCAUUAAAAUUGUCUGAAAUUCAAACAGGAGCUGGUUUUACUGUACAUUCUGACGUUUUGGUUGCAUGCGUAGCUACAUCUUCAGGGAUGAAUUGGUGAGGUCUCUUUUCAUAUUUAACCACUCUAAUUCAGUCUCUCUCUCUCUUAACUGGCGCUUUAAUAUUGUAUUCAAUAUUCAUAUAAUCGACAUAAAAAAAUUUUCCUAAAAUCCGCAUAAUUCCAAGCGCCAAAAGCGUAAUUCAUUUUCUCGUUUAACUUAAUAAUAACACAGAUUAAUUCUGAAUUAAUUAUUCAAUCCUGUAAUGUUAAGCGUGGAUAUAAUAAAAGUUAUAACCCAGAUCCACAAGCGUAAGUCACGGCCGAGCUGAAUUUUGCAUAAACAUAACCAAUAAUGGCUGUUAAAAUGUCAGAACAAUCAACUAGUGUGGAGAAUGAAGAUCUUCCUAAAUAUCUUAGGGACCGUAUUGAAAAGAAUCGUCAAAAAGCACUUGCUUUGAAAAAGAGCAAACUUGUUCAUCACCCUUAUGCCAAAGGAGAAGUGGUUUCCAUUGAUCAAACUACAAUAAAGAUAGGAGGAACCAAAUUUAAAGACACUGGAGGUGGUUUUCUGUUGGAAGAGAAUCUUGAAGCACCAGAAGAGCCUCAGGCUGUAACUGUAGCUCAACCAGAGGCAGGUAUAAUAGAGCCAGAUCGGCCCGAGUGUCGAAACUGCGAAAAACCCUUCGCCACUUCAUGGCUAUUUGAUACAUUCAAUUGUAGAUGUUGUGAUGAAUGCAAGGAAUCAGACACCUACAAGCUGAUUACAAAAACAGACGCCAAAAUCAAAUACCUGCUGCAAGAUUGUGAUCUGGAAAAACGCGAACCGCCUUUAAAGUUUAUCACUCGCAAGAACCCCCAUAAUGUUCGCUGGGGCGAUAUGAAGUUGUAUUUGGAGCUGCAGAUAGAGAAACGCGCACUUGAAGUAUGGGGAAGUCACGAGAAAAUUGAGGAAGAAAGGGAAAGUAGAGAGGAAAAGAGAGUGCUUUCUAAAACAAAAAAGUAUCACAAGCAGCUAAAAGAGUUGAGAAUGAGCAUGAGAAGCAGCUUGUAUGAUAGAACUAGGGGGGCAGCGCAUUCUCAUGAAUUUGGCCCUGAAGAAUACAACCAAGAGGACGAUACCUAUACUCGAAAAUGCAACACUUGUGCUUAUGAAGAAACUUUUGAGAAAAUGUGAAAAACAUCUUGCUCUGGUUUAGUUUGAUUUUCAUCUUGUCUUAGUCUGGAUAUUCCACAUCAAAUAGUCACUUACUUAUGUUUAAAUAUUUUUUAAUAAUUUUUUUUUAGAGAUUUGAAAUGGCUGUCGUUAAAUGCCCUUUUCCAAUAAUCCCCGAAUUAGGUUUUCUCCAUUCGUAAAAAAUAAUAAACUGCUGUGCUAUGAAAUAUAUAUUUACAGCUUAAAA